AAUGAAUGUUUUGGUAACUUGAGAGUAAUAUUUGAGAAAAUCAUCCAGAAUGUUUGUACAAAGUAUCUGAAACUGUGUAGGUAUAAAGGUGUUCAAACACAGUGAAACUUCAAGAACUUUAAAGCAAUAAACACAACAAAAUACUGAAGCAAAAAUAUCAAAGAAGUAAUUUUUUCGUUGUAAGUGAUUCUUUGCAAUCCGUUCUAGAUUGUGAAAAAGUAUGAAAUUGAAUUGAGGAAAUUUUGAUGUUUGUGAUGUCUAGUUUAAAUUUCAAAGCAGAAGAAAAAUUAAAAUAUUUAAUGGAUAAUUCAAAUGACUCCAAAGCAAUAAAAGAUCAUUCAAGCUUAUGUGAUUCAUCAACACAUACGAACUCAUCAGAAAAUUACUCUCAACAAUGCAAAAAUAAUGAUGAUGAUUUUGAAAGUGAAUCUUCAACAGUUUAUGAUUCCGAUACUGAACAGCUAGAAAUUGACUCAGUUCCAAAAGUAUGUCAGGUUUAUGAUGACGAAAAAAAUAUUUCACAAUUUGGAAAUGUCAUAAUCAUUGAUCAAAAGGAAGAAAAUAAUAAAACAAGCCCUAAAUUCGAAUCAGUUUCUAUUCAUAAUUCAUCUGACAUCCAGAUUGGAAACAAAACCUUUUAUAAUGGGCCAGUAACAAUUAAACAGUUCUUAGUAGACGACAAAAACAACAAGUGGGUAGAAAAUCAAAACUUUGACAACAAAUCUGAGCUAUCUUUAGAAGGAAUAAUAAAUAAGGGAUAUGUUGUUUCGCAGAAUAAUGUGAUUGAAUCGCCUCUCACAAAAGACAAACAUAAUAAAUGUGGAAAUGAAAUUUUAAAACUCAGAGAGUCUGGGCUUUAUCGCAAGAAUGUUUAUUUAAUAUUAUUAACAGCGAUUUGCUCUAUGAUUGGAAUAAUCUUGCUUAGAUUUUAUGUCAUGAAAGGAGAAGAUCUUAAACAUGGAAUUGUUUUGGGUGACGGUGACGAUUCAAGAAAAAAUAUUGCAAUUAAUUCCACCAUAGGAUCAGAUUUACUGCUUGGAAAUGUGCUAAGAAUGAUAUCAAGAGAUGAAUGGCUUGCGCAGCCAGCGAACAACGAAUUGUCAAAUUUAAUUUUACCAGCGAAAAGAGUUAUUAUAGCACAUACAGCUACAGAACCAUGCGACACUCAGGCAUCGUGUACAUUGAGAACUCGAUAUAUUCAAACCUUUCACAUGGAAAGUAGGAGUUGGGAUGAUAUUGCAUAUAAUUUUCUCAUUGGUGGUGAUGGUGCUGUAUACGAAGGCCGUGGAUGGGACAAACAAGGAGCGCAUACAAAAGGUUAUAACGUUGGAAGCAUAGGAGUUGCAUACAUUGGAACAUUCACCAAGAAACUUCCAAAUGAGAAGCAAAUUCAUGCAGGUUUCUUACUUUUUAAAGAAGGUGUUCGAUUAAAAAAACUUCUUCCUGAUUACAAAAUAUAUGCUCAUCGUCAGUUGAUUCCAUCGGAAAGUCCAGGAGCUGCAUUCUAUGAGAUCAUUAAAAAAUGGGAUCAUUGGGCAUCAGAUGCUCCUGAAAUACUAUAAAAAAUUAGAAUAGUAGUAACAAAAAUCAACUUGAGUUUAAUCAAUGAACUUACAAUUCGAUAAAUAUGUGAUAAAUACAUUUCUUUUCUUACUUAAAUAUAUAAGCUAUCAGUUGUAAAUACAUUUGCGAAUAUUGAUGGAUUGAAACGUUCCGAAAUUCUCAAUAAAUUUGAUAAGAACUACAUUGG